AUGGAGAAUUAUGAAAAUAAACUUAAAUCUUUUAUGGACGAAAAUGACAAAUUCAUCAAGAGGUAUGACAAAAUGACAGACAUAAAUGAUGUUGAAAUUGUGUUAUACUUAAAUGAGAAUUGGGAGAAUUUGACGCAAGCCAACAAAAUAGAUCUUCUGAGGAAGUUGAGACUGAUAACCAACAUACGAACAUCAAAUAUGCAUUUGUUGGAUUCACAUGGCAAACUUCGAAAGUAUGACAGUCCAGAGCAAAAGUUACAGAGAAAGAUAAGGGAUGUCCCCAUCAAUGAGGGAGUCACAGAAAAUCACAGACUUUCGUUUGACUCACAUGAUGAAAUUCUAAGAUCCCCAAGCAAAGAUGUGGAUGUGAGCCACCUGGCAAAUGUACCAUCUAAGCAUAAAGAUGAUGGACUAAGUGAAGAACAGCGUACAGACCUAUUGAGUCUUACUGCUAAAAAGUGGAUAAAUGAUGGUGCAAUUGAGAAAAUAUUUCGGAUCUUUGAAAAAACCAUCGGGAAUAAUGACAAGAUCCUACUGUUACCUCAAUGCGUGUCAACAAUUCUACUGAGGGAUAAGCAUGCUGCCAAAAAGUUAGCACUGAACACAUAUUCAUUAGUAUUUAUUCUUCUGAAUGAUGCACAGAUGUAUCCCCAUGGUUCUGAUGGUGGGCUACAUUUUAGCUUAUUAGUAUUGAACAACACACAGGAAGGCAAACACAUGUUCCGUCAUUAUGACACUUUGGGGACAGUUAACUGGACAGUGGCGAAAGCUGUUGCUAAAAGUAUAAAAGAUGUGCUCCCUGCUCUUGCCAAAGCAGAAUUAUAUGAUGCCAACGUGCCACUGCAGCAGGACACAUAUAACUGUGGUGUAUAUGUGCUGGCUAUUACAGAAGCGAUCUGCCAAUGGUUUGUGGAAAAUCAGAAAUCUGCACAUAAAUCGAGAUAUGAUUCUUUUGUGAUGGAUAGCAUAAAAAAUCCGCUUGAAGUUGACAAGAAGAGGACGAAAUAUUACAAGAUGAUGGUAAACCAUCUUGGUGCCCAGGACCCAGUGGUUUUUGCAUGUGAUGAGAACUUCAUAUGUGUUGUGUGGGAAGUCUGGGAACUUCAUAAGAAAGUGGAUACGAUGGAAUCAUUGAGCUCUUGGGCUCUGGCAUAUCUGAUCUGUGCGACUGUAAUCUCACAUAUUGCCCUCCUGAGAACAGAAAUGUCCAUUCAGUGUUUUUUUUCCGGAUAUGAUGGUAACUUUAUAUGUGUUGUUUGAAUGGCCCUAAAUUUGUACAAGAAUUUGUGAUUCUUUGUGUAUUUUAUUCUCAAGUGCUACAUGUACAUUUGCAUAUGAAAUUUGUUUUUGCUAGAAUACUAAUGUUGGACCUCUAAUUUCAUUCCAAU